AUGUCCUUCCGCUAUACUUCGCGGAUAUUACGCUCACAGAGGCUUUGGCCGCGGAAUGCUGCAAACACGCCAUGGCAGACGUGUCGUGGUGUUGCCUCGACGCCUACGGCUGAGAGAGUUCUCUUCCCUGGGGCCCUGAACAGCGAGUUUACGAAUACUAUGGAGUUCAUGCAACCCGCUCAAGCCCAGGCGAUAUCGACGUACCGCGUUAUGAACCAGUAUGGAGAAAUCAUAGACAAAGAGAUUGGCGUAGAGACCACAGACGAGGAGGCUCUUGUGAUUUACAAGAACAUGGUCAAGCUGAGCAUAAUGGAUCUCCUCAUGUUCGAAGCACAACGGCAAGGAAGACUGUCAUUCUACAUGGUCUCCGCAGGCGAAGAAGGCAUAUCCAUCGGCUCCGCGAGCGCCCUCUCUCCCGCCGACGUCAUCUUCUGCCAAUACCGUGAAUCGGGCGUCUACCUCCAGCGCGGAUUCACUCUCUCCUCGUUCAUGAACCAACUCUUCGCGAAUGCAAAGGAUAAUGGCCUCGGACGAAACAUGCCCGUUCACUACGGAAGCAAAGAGCUCAACAUCCACACCAUCAGCUCAACACUGGCGACGCAAAUACCCCAUGCAGCAGGCGCCGCGUACGCGCUCAAGAUGCAAAACAUCCAGAACCCAGAAACCGCACCACGAGUAGCAGUAUGUUACUUUGGCGAAGGCGCAGCCAGCGAGGGAGACUUCCAUGCCGCCCUCAACAUCGCAGCCACCCGCCAAGUACCCUGCAUCUUCAUCUGCCGCAACAACGGCUACGCCAUCUCCACACCCACAUCCGACCAAUACCGCGGUGACGGAAUCGCCUCCCGCGGCGCAGGCUAUGGCAUUGCUACCCUCCGCGUAGACGGCAACGACAUCUUCGCUGUCCGCCGCGCAACAGCCGAAGCACGCCGGCUGGCUCUACACGACGGCGGCCGACCUGUGCUCAUCGAAAUGAUGGCAUACCGCGUCGGCCACCACAGCACAUCAGACGACUCCUUUGCGUAUCGCCAACGCGUCGAAGUCGAGGACUGGAAACGCCGCGACAACCCCAUCACGCGACUUAGAAAGUGGCUUGAAGGCAAAGAACUGUGGGACGACGGUAAAGAGAAGGAACUUCGAAGCUCGACGAGGAAAGAGGUGCUGAGGGCGUUUGAGGAAGCGGAAAAGGAGAAGAAACCUAGUAUCAAGAAUGCGUUUGAGGGGGUGUGGGAGGAGUUGACUGAGGAGCAGAGAGGUCAUGUUGAGGAAUUGAAGGAUAUCUUGGUUAGGUAUCCGAAGGAGUACGAUCUUGGGUCAUUUGAGGGUGGAUUGAAGAGCCUGGAUGAUUUGCUUGAGAAGAAGUAG